CACUUACGCACACACAUACAUACACUUACACUCACGACCUUCUCCUAGCAAAGUUUCGCCUCUGAUCACUCCUGGAUCUUCCUGCAUUGCUCCGGACUAUAACCUUGAACUUUCUCAGCCUGGUGAAACGUCCCUUUCCCCAACCGUCUUUCUCCUUUUCUUAAACGCAGCUCACCACGAGCAACAAACAAAAACCAAACCAAUUCUAUCCCUCCCCGGUUCCCAACAAAGACAUCAAAAACACAAAAAAGCAAAAAAAAAAGGCAAAAAAAAAAAAAAAGAAAGAAAGUCCCCAAAUCCCGGCCGAGACCCAGCUUGCAGCAGCAAAUACUACAGCAGCAGUGGCGGCAGCAGCAUCGCCGGCGGCGGCGGCGGCGGCGGCAGUGGCAGCAGCAGCAGCAGCAGCAGCAGCAGCAGCAACCACCUCCAAGACGGCUACUGCGCAGCGACAGCCAGAGGGUUAAAAGUGUAGAUUGGAUUUCACCCCGGGAAAUCUAGCUCACGAAGUGAACUUGAAUCUUUGGCUAUUUAAGGAGGACUGGGUUUGUUAAGUUGUGGUGAUCCAGGGCAGAGCCCCAUCCUGAUUGAUCUCAUCUUGAGUCUCACAUGACCGUAAAAUGAAUAGAUGAAGUUAUUGCUUCUGGAGGCUUUUCUUGGGGGAUCUCCGGAAAGUGCGUUUUAAGGCGAAGUCAUGAUGUAUUCGCCCAUCUGUCUCACUCAGGAUGAAUUUCACCCAUUCAUCGAGGCACUUCUUCCACAUGUCCGUGCAAUCGCCUAUACGUGGUUCAACCUGCAGGCUCGAAAACGCAAGUACUUUAAAAAACAUGAGAAGCGAAUGUCAAAGGAUGAGGAAAGAGCAGUCAAAGAUGAGCUUCUUAGUGAAAAGCCUGAAAUCAAACAGAAGUGGGCAUCUAGGCUCCUCGCCAAGCUGCGCAAAGACAUCCGCCAAGAGUACCGGGAGGAUUUCGUGCUCACCGUGACUGGGAAGAAGCACCCAUGCUGUGUAUUAUCCAAUCCCGACCAGAAGGGUAAGAUUAGGAGAAUCGACUGCCUGCGACAGGCUGACAAAGUCUGGCGUCUGGAUCUAGUCAUGGUGAUCCUGUUCAAAGGCAUCCCUUUGGAAAGUACGGAUGGAGAACGGCUCAUGAAAUCCCCACAUUGCACAAAUCCAGCACUUUGCGUCCAGCCACAUCAUAUAACAGUAUCAGUUAAAGAGCUUGAUUUGUUUUUGGCAUACUACGUGCAGGAGCAAGAUUCUGGACAAUCAGGAAGUCCAAGCCACAAUGAUCCUGCCAAGAAUCCUCCAGGGUAUCUUGAGGAUAGUUUUGUAAAAUCUGGAGUCUUCAACGUGGCAGAACUUGUGAGAGUAUCCAGAACACCUAUAACCCAGGGAACUGGGGUAAAUUUCCCUAUUGGAGAGAUCCCGAGCCAGCCAUACUACCAUGAUAUGAACUCUGGUGUAAAUCUACAAAGGUCACUGUCUUCUCCACCAAGCAGCAAAAGACCCAAAACUAUAUCCAUAGAUGAAAAUAUGGAACCAAGUCCUACAGGAGACUUUUAUCCUUCUCCAAAUUCCCCAGCUGCUGCAAGUCGGACAUGGCACGAAAGGGAUCAAGAUAUGUCUUCUCCUACUGCUAUGAAGAAGCCUGAAAAGCCAUUGUUUAGCCCUACAUCUCCACAGGACUCUUCACCCAGAUUGAGCACUUUUCCUCAGCAUCACCAUCCGGGAAUCGCAGGAGUUGCACACAGUGUCAUCUCAACCAGAACGUCACCAUCACCAUUGCCAUUCCCAGCACAAGCUAUCCUUCCUCCAGCCCCGACAAGCUACUUUUCUCAUCCAACAAUCAGAUAUCCUCCUCACCUGAAUCCUCAGGAUACUCUGAAGAAUUAUGUACCUUCUUAUGACCCAUCUAGUCCACAGACAAGCCAGCCCAACAGCAGUGGUCAAGUAGUAGGGAAAGUGCCCGGCCAUUUCACUCCAGUUUUGGCACCCUCUCCCCAUCACAGUGCAGUGCGACCUGUGACCCUGACCAUGACAGAUACUAAACCCAUCACUACAUCCACUGAAGGUGAGGCAGCUUCACCUACAGCAACCACCUACACAGCCUCAGGCACAUCUCAAGCCAAUCGAUAUGUGGGACUAAGCCCAAGAGACCCAUCCUUCCUACACCAGCAACAGCUGAGGAUUUGUGACUGGACCAUGAAUCAAAACGGCAGGCAUUUAUACCCCAGUGCCAGUGAGGAUACAUUGGGAAUUACUUGGCAAAGUCCUGGUACCUGGGCUAGCUUGGUCCCUUUUCAAGUAUCAAACAGGACACCAAUCCUGCCAACAAAUGUCCAAAAUUAUGGUUUGAACAUAAUUGGAGAACCUUUCCUUCAAGCAGAAACAAGCAACUGAGAAUAAGCAAAAGAAGAAUAACAACAGAAACCACGCAACAAAAAUUUUAAAACAGGAAAAAAAAAAGAAAUGAAAAAAAAGGAAGACGGGACUGAAAAAGAAACUGAAGAAAGAAGAAAAAAAUAUAGACCAGCAAUUGCAGCACUUACAAUCACUAAUUCCCUUAAGGUUGAAACUGUAAUGACAUAAAAAGGGUCGAUGAUAUUUCACUGAUGGGUAGAGAGCAGCCCCUGCUAAGUAGCCUUUGUUAUAUGAAGUCCGCUGGGAAAUAGAUGUUCUGUCUUGAUGACAAUAUAUUUUAACUGACUUUCUAGAUGCCUUAAUAUUUGCAUGAUAAGCUAGUUUUCUUGGUUUAGUAUUCUUGUUGUUUACGCAUGGAAUCACUAUUCCUGGUUAUCUCACACAACAAAGGCUAGGAGGCAGCCUUGGAGCUGCCAGAUGACAAGGGCCUUGAGCCAGCCAUUUUGUAAACACUCUGAUUUCUAAAAGUUAAAAAAUAAAUACAAGCUCUGUAGCCUUUAGUUAUCAGUUCAGAUUUAUUCAACUCUGGCCCUUAACCAGCCUUUUCCAGUGUGUAACCCAGUUUGAAAUCUUAAAAAAAAAUAAAAAAUAAAUAAAAAAAAUAAAAAGGAAAAAAGGAAAAAAAUCAGUCUGAACACAAAGGCUCUAUGGAAGAAAUGCCUCUAUGUAGGUAAAGUGUUAUCUCUGCAUGCAACAGUAAAAAUUAAUAUAAUAUUUUCCCCACAAAAGAAACACUUAACAGAGGCAAGUGCAAUUUAAAAAUUUAUAUCUAAAGGGGAAUCAUCAUUAUAAGUCCUUCAGCCCUUGGACUCUAAAUUGAGGGGAUUAAAAAGAAUUUAAAAUAAUUUUGAACGAAUUUAUUUUCCCCUCAGUUUUUGAGGGCAUUCAAAGGCAUUAAAUCAAGACAAAUCAUGUGCUUGAGGAAAAAAAAAGAGGAAUUAAUAGAAACACAGCACUUAUGUUGGUUUAGCUGCUGCCUCCAUG